UGUCUGAGCCCUGACAGGCACAGUGGGUGCUGGGUCCAGAGAUGGGAUGCUCAGAUGCUGCUGUGGUACAAGUAAUCUCUGAUAACUACAUCAAAGUAUUUUAUUUUGUCAUCCUUUGCACCUUCUAGUACAGGACGGGCUGUUUGCUAAUGCUGGUGUUUAAUAAAUUUAAUUCCUUACAAGAACUGCAUGUUUUAUGCUGCCUUACAUGGGUGCUGUCACAAUGUUGUGUUCGGAGAUUUUUGUGGCUGUUACUUUUGUUAGCACGGUUAUUAUUUUUCUCCCACUUUCUAGUAAUGGCAACCUACACUUGUAUCACUUGCCGUGUGGCUUUUAAGGAUGCUGACAUUCAGCGUGCCCAUUACAAAACUGACUGGCACAGGUACAACCUGAAGCGUAAGGUUGCUGACAUGCCUCCUGUCACUGCUGAGAACUUCCAGGAGAGAGUCCUAGCCCAGAGAGCAGUAGCAGAGGAGCAGAACAAAAUCACUGCCACUUACUGCACAGUUUGCAGCAAGAGAUUCUCCACCUUCAAUGCCUAUGAGAAUCACUUGAAGUCCAAGAAGCACCUGGAGUUGGAGAAGAAAGCUGUUCAAGCUGUCAGCAAGAAGGUGAAAAUAUUAAAUGAGAAGAACCUGGAAAAGGGGCUGGCCCCAGAGAGCGUAGACAAAGAUGAAAUGAACACAGCUAUUCAGCAAGCCAUCAGAGCUCAGCCGUCUUCAUCUCCAAAGAAGACACCUUUACCUCCUAGUAAUGCAGGUAGCUCUCCGGUUUCUACGAGAAGCACCAGUUUAUCACAGGGUAGAGAACGAUCAGAAAAGCCUCCACGGCUACAGUGGUUUGAACAGCAGGCGAAGAAGCUUGCCAAACAACAAGCAGAGGAAGAGGACGAUAUGGAAGAAGAUUGGGAAGACAUGGAUUCUGAUGAAGACAUCGGCUCUGAAGAAGAAAUGGAAAGUGCAGGAGAAGAGGAGGAGGAGGCAGAAGCUGAAAGCACUCCGGUUAUGGGGGCCAUACCAGUCACAGACUGCUUGUUCUGUCCCCACCAUUCAAGAUCACUCACAAAAAAUGUGGCCCAUAUGACAAAAGCUCACAGUUUCUUCAUUCCAGACAUAGAGUACCUUGUGGAUCUCAGAGGAUUAAUCAAGUAUCUGGGAGAGAAAGUUGGUGUUGGGAAAAUCUGCAUCUGGUGCAAUGAAAAAGGGAAGUCCUUCUACUCUACAGAAGCAGUACAGGCUCACAUGAAUGAUAAAAGCCACUGCAAAAUCUUCACAGAUGGAGAUGCCGCCCUGGAAUUUGCAGACUUCUAUGAUUUUAGGAGCAGUUACCCUGAUCACAAGGAUGGAGAAGAUGUGGAGGUGCCUGGAGAGCGCCCUGCGGAGAGAGAGUUGGAUUAUGAUGAUGACACCAUGGAGCUCAUCCUUCCUUCAGGUGCAAGAGUGGGUCAUCGUUCUUUAAUGAGAUACUACAAGCAACGGUUUGGUCUGUCAAGAACGGUGACUGUUGCGAAAAAUAAGAAAGCAGUGGGUCGGGUGUUGCAGCAGUACAGAGCUUUGGGCUGGACAAGUCAGACAGGGGCAGUCUUUGCUCAGAAGCGUGAUAUGCAGUACCUGCAGAGGAUGAAGUCAAAGUGGAUGCUCAAGACAGGAAUGAGUAACAAUGCUACAAAGCAGAUGCAUUUCCGGGUCCAAGUCAGAUUCUGAGUUCCCAAGAUAACUUCAUGCAACUGGUUUUGGGAAGGGAAAUUUAAUGGUUUCUGGGUCAAGGAUUUUGUUAUUAAAAUUGAUUUGGUACUUGUCAAACAGGGAUGUGUAUGCUGGUGUGUCUCCCUGCCUAUGAGAAAAAUAGUAGGGAGCUUCUCUUCAAGUGAAAUGAUUGUUGGCCUAACUUAAAAAAUAAAAUAUCUUAAAUGGAA